AUGUUGUCGGCUAUCCAUGGUGCCAUGCUGUUUGCAUGCAUUGAGUUACUCGAGUACAACCCUUGCGGGUCGCCCGGCAUUCUACAGGAGGCCCCUGGCCUGCCCCCGGAGCCACCGGCUCUGCCUGCUUGGCUGUGA